UAUACAAGAGGUUUUCAGACUGAGAGACUGCAAGCGACACGAUCACAGACCCGCCAAUCGCAAUCCUUUGCUUUGCCAUGGCGAUAAAAGAAAAUAGUAUUUCUGGCUGAUUAGCACUGGGGUUUAACAAUAGCAAAGUGUUUCUGAAUGACUAGCACUGGGGUUUAACAAUAGCAAAGUGUUUCUGAAUGACUAGCACUGGGGUUUAACAAUAGCAAAGUGUUUCUGAAUGACUAGCACUGGGGUUUAACAAUAGCAAAGUGUUUCUGAAUGACUAGCACUGGGGUUUAACAAUAGCAAAGUGUUUCUGAAUGACUAUUGACUGGCUGGAUAUCUUCUCAUUCCGUUUGCUCAGUUGUUCAUGCACCUUGGUUUGAAAGAGAAGUAGCGACUGCAGUUUCUUUUCUUUCCUUGAUUUCAUUUGUGCGACUGUGAAGCUCACUCCUCUCUGCCACACAGCAGCAACACCAUAGGCUUUCUGGGACAUGGAUUGGGAGGAAGGCAGAACCAUGGAGGGACUGUGUAUAACCCACUGGGUGAACAGCCCAGUCCGCCACCAGGCCCUGUUCCAAGGAAGGGACUUGGACGACUGUGUGGAGGACCAUGACCUGUUCGCCCUGCCCGGGCCUGCCUUCCCCGACCCUGGGGUAGUGAGGCCCGACCCUGAGGUAGUGAGGCCCGACCCAGGGGUAGUGAAGCUAGAAGGGGUCUGCGACGGUACUACCACAACCCAACCCCAGCGGACUGAGCCUGUUUUCCAGGUGCUUCUGGACGUGUCCCAGUUCAGACCUGAGGAUAUCAUGAUUCAGGUGUUUGAAGGAUGGCUCUUGAUCAAGGCUCAGCAUGGAGCCAGAAUGGAUGAACAUGGGUUUGUUACCCGAAGCUUCACCCGCCAGGACCCACUGCCUGAGAAACUACAGCAGGCGGGGGGUCUGAGGGCUCUGCUAUGUCAUGAUGGGAUACUGGUGGUGGAAUCCAAACAGAGAACACCUGUUAGGAUACAACACAGUGAGGAGGACCCCUAUUGAUUAUUGACUGUUGAUUAUUGACUAUCGAUUAUUUGCUGUUGAUUAUUGAUUAUUGACUGUUGAUUAUUGACUGUUGAUUAUUGACUGUUGAUGAUUGACUGUUGAUUAUUGACUGUUGAUUGAUUAUUGAUUAUUACUGUAUUGAUCAGGUAAAGAUGAGGUCAGAUCAGCUGUUACAGUACCACUAACAUGAGUGAUUGAUUAAUUCAUUGUGUCUGUUAUUUUCGUGUGAAGUUAAAUUGUCAAAUAUUUCUCUAAACAUUGUUACUUGUUACAUUUCUAUCUGACGCUACUUUGCUAUAAAAAGAUGUUGGUGCUAACGUUAUUGAAUUAUAUAACAGCAGUAAUGAUAUAUUUAAAAUCUAUUUUCUUAAAAUCUAUUUUUUUCCUCCUCGCUUUGAAAUGUUACUCCAGCUCCUCUCACCUCAAUUAAAACAAUAUGCGUUUAAUUUGAACAAAUAUGAAUAUUUAUAUUUAAUUUGGUAAAUGGACAGAGGGAAGUUCCUCUCCAGCCAUUGAAAACGUAUGAUAUCUUUGACAUAAAUGGGAAUGCUAAGCAUGAGGCUUUCAGCAUCAGUGACGAUGUUGUUUUUACAGUACAAAUUUUAUGAGAUUGUUUAGAAAUUGUUCACUGUUGAAAGAAGAGACUUAAAAAAUGUGAUAGAACAAUAAAUAUUGUUAUCAGAUGUUAUCGGUCUAAGGCACUGCAUCGCAGUGCUAGAGGUGUCACUACAGACCCUGGUUCGAUCCCGGGCUGUAUCACAAC